CUCUCUCUCUCCCCCCUUCUCCUCUCUCCCUCUUCGUCAUCAUCUCUCGUCUCUCCGAUCGUUUCAUCAUCGCCCAUCGCCAACAGCGCCUCUCCCGACCGCUGCUCCCCCCCCCGCAACCUCGUGCGCCGCGUUCCCAACAAAACCAGGGACGCGCUCAAGAAGACCUUGCCAGCCCCUCGAGGUCUUUCCUGCAUCAUCCCCUCCCUCGGCCCCCUGUAUGGACUGCGGGAGUACUGGCACCGCUGCGGGCAUCGACCCCAAAAUCCUCGACAACUGGCAAUCCGACGCCUUCCCCAUCACCGCCUGGGAGCAUCCCGCCUACGAUCAACAACAGCCGCUGGACUGGGAUGCGAGCCAGGACUCGAGCCAGAGCGAUGAGAUCGCCGAUUUGAAUACCCUCAACGGUCCCCUGUCGCGGGCCCAGUCGGUCGUCCCGCUGCAGGGACAGUCGAGCGACUAUCGAGGGAGUGAGAGCAAACAAGGAACCAACUCCCCCGGCAAGUUCAGCCUCAACGAUGGCCCUGUCGAGGGCACCGUCAGCGGCACCAUCAGCCCCAGGACCCUGCCUUCUUCCGCCGACGAUAACUUCCAGCUCGAUGAGUCAUGGCCGCCCUUCCAACUGUUCAACGCCAUGGCCGCCGGCAUCCCCAUGGAGGCGCCCCUCAUGUACCCGUACGCCAAGGAACAGGCCAACUCCAACACCGUCAUCGUCGAGGAUGCCGGAGAGUUGUCUCAGGGGCAGAGCUUCUCCGAUGUCCCGUCGGAGCAGUUUCUUUCCUUCCAGAAUAUCCCCCAGGCUUUCCCCUUCUCGACCGCGGAGCCCUGGACCGCCCCUCCGCCGGUCACUGAGAACCUGCCGAACCAGCCCCCGAUCUCGCUCGCCAUGGGCCCGCAGUCCGCCAGCAAACGUCUCGGCCAUAUCCGCGACUACCACGGGUCGAUGCGGUCACUGGAUUCUCGCUGGCUGGACGGCCUCGAGUCCCAGCUACCCUCCAACAUGACCUCUCCUGCCUCCUUGUCGAUGCCUCAGGAUGCGACCUUCUUCAAGGAGGAGGGCAAAGGCAACGAGGGCUUCCAGUACAAGUCCGAGAGCUCGUCGGUGUCGGGGGAGUUCCCCGGUGUCUACGACGCGUAUUCCACUACGACCGAUGAGGUCCCCGCAUUUGCCGACCGACAACUGGACGACGAGGACCUGUGGAAGAACCCCCAGAAGGACACCUCUUCCGAAGCAUCACAGCCCAUCCAAAACGCCACGGCUUUCAUGGUCAGCGAGGAUCCGUCGGAGGCUUACUAUGUUCCCGUCUCCAGGCCCAGGGCGUCCUCGUCCGCACAAAGAGGGCCGGCCCGGCCCCCAGCCCUCGCGCUACAGUCCGUGGCUACGGUGCGGAAGCGCAAGCAACGCAACUCCAGCAUCAGCCUGGAACAGGCCUUGCCCAAGCCUUUACAGAUCGUGCAGGAAGACGGCCAAGGCGGAUCCAUUGCGUCGGCGGACUUCAUUUCUCCGCCCCGCGGCGCCCGCCGCAAGGGCCCGUUGUCGAUGGUCGGCCGGGCAAACGCCGGGCUGCGGAGGAAGAACAAGGACACCUGUGUACAGUGUCGGCUGAACAAGCGAAAGUGCGACGGUAACGCGCCGUGCGAUGCCUGCCGUCCUACGCUCCACGAACAGCCGUGUGCCCGCGCCUGCUUUGCGAAUAUCGUCGAGUACGGGACGUGCAAUUAUGUUUCUCAACGAGCGGUCAACCACCCCACCGUCGAUGGUUCCAAGCGUGUCCGGAUGGACAUUCCUUUCGAGUUCGACCUGAACGACCUGAUUUCGUUCCUGGGCGAGCGACAAGGUCGAUUCAACAUCCGUGCCCGACAGUCGUGGGGGUCACUCUACAUCCUGGACCUGGGCGAGACCUACAAGUUCCUGCGGGGGCUAAGCGAGUACAACGGCAACUCGAAGUCGAACUUUCUCGAGUUCAUCGAUCGGCGUAUAGUCGAGUCGAAGGACAAGUCCAAGAACUGGCUGACCUGCGUGAAGGACUGCGAUCCGAUGAAUAAUGUUUACACUCUACUUUCGCGAUGGAACAACAUGCCCAGCCGUGCGAGCUACAGCUUCGUCCCCCUGCAGGGCGGCCAAGAACGACCCAUGGACAUCAACAGCGCCGAGGACCGGCGCGAAAUCCUUCUCGCGGCCCAGCUGUCGCGCAUCAUCUGCCGGAUGCUCGAGGUCGAGGGCUUCCGCAAGCUGGAGCGGGACUUCUACAACAUCAAGUGGAAGCAGAUCUCGCAGGAGACACACGUGCGGUUCCUGGGCGAGCUCGGCCACAUCCUGCUCACGCUGCGCUGGCGCGUCUCGUGGUGGCGGCGUCUCGGCGACGGCGGCCGCGAGCCCGACCCCAGCAAGCAGCACUACGUCGAGCGCGUCGACCUGCUCUGCCGCAUCCUCUACGUCUACUACACCUGCGUGCUGGCCAAGCUGCCCUCGUGGUCGGCGGCCGAGGUCCCCAAGGGCAUCUGGUCGACGUACGCGGACGCCGAGAAUCCCGUCUGGGAUGACUUUCCCUUCGACUCCAGCGACGAGGGCUUCCAGCAGUGGAUCGAUCGCGGGCAGGAACUGAUCGAGCAGUCGGGCGCGCCGACCUGCGUGGCGAAGAUUUAGCUGGUUGGACUGACUGGGCUGGAGCGGAUGGCGGAUUGGAUUGCAUGAUUGAAUUUGAGAUACCCUUUGCAGCGACUUUUUUUUUCUUUUUUUCUUUUUUCCUUUUCAAUUCUCCCCUAUUGACUAUCCGUGUGCGUGUGCUUGUGCAUGUGAUGAAUGAUGAUUCUCCUGUUUGUUUUUCCUCUUGGAUAUAUCGUGUCUAGAGCAGAUGUGUGUGUGUGUGUGUGUGUAUAGAUGCCUUCUGAUAUAUAGGUUCGUGAUAGAUAUGGAUUUCGGUUAGAUUAUCGCACUUUCUGAACCCUU